UAACACCAGCAACCCUCCUGUUCAGAUCUCGUAAAUAAUAAAAACCCAACGCCAAAACAACUAGCAGUCGGGAAAAUCUUCCAAUACUCGCUAUGUCCCUUCUCGUCUUCAUCUUCCUCAUCUCCACUCCUUUUACCUUCGUUCUCACCAAUGGCUUUCCUUCUACUCCUCAAAGCUUCAAGGAAGCUCCUCAGUUCUACAACUCCCCAGACUGCCCUUCCACCACCCUCGACAACCCAAUUUUCUGUUCCUCUCAUGCCGUCCACGUCGCCAUGACUCUCGACACUGCUUACAUCCGAGGAUCCAUGGCUGCCAUCCUCUCCGUCCUCCAACACUCCUCGUGUCCCCAAAACGUUUUCUUCCAUUUCGUCGCCUCUGCGUCUGCUAACCUCUCACUUUUACAAUCCACCAUCUCCUCCUCCUUCCCUUACCUCAACUUCCGAGUCUACCCCUUCCAUGACUCAGCUGUUUCCCGACUCAUCUCCACCUCCAUCCGCUCCGCCCUCGACUGUCCCCUCAACUACGCUCGCAGCUACCUUGCAAACAUCCUCCCAUUAUGCGUCCGCCGUGUCGUCUACCUCGAUUCCGACCUCGUCCUCGUCGACGACAUCGCGAAACUCGCCGCCACGCAUCUCGGCUCUGAAGCAGUUCUCGCCGCGCCGGAGUACUGCAACGCUAACUUCACCUCUUACUUCACCCUAACUUUCUGGUCCAACCCCUCGCUGUCGUUAACUUUCGCCGAUCGCAAGGCUUGCUACUUCAACACGGGAGUUAUGGUGAUCGAUCUGGACAGGUGGCGGGAAGGGGAUUACACAACGAGGAUCGAGGAGUGGAUGGAGCUGCAAAAGAGGAUGAGGAUAUACGAGCUGGGUUCAUUGCCGCCAUUCUUGCUGGUGUUUGCAGGGAGGAUAGUGCCGGUGGACCAUAGAUGGAACCAGCACGGACUCGGGGGGGAUAACUUCAGGGGUCUGUGCAGGGAUCUGCAUCCGGGUCCCGUCAGCCUCCUGCAUUGGAGCGGGAAAGGAAAGCCGUGGGCUCGCCUGGACGCCAACCGGCCUUGCCCAUUGGACGCGCUUUGGGCUCCUUAUGAUCUGUUGCAGACUCCCUUCGCUUUGGAUUCGUAACAGGUAAUUUUGAGGAAGACGGUACAGUACGUGGGUGGCGGGAAAUGGGUGUCCAUGAACAAUCAUGAUCAGAUAAAGUUGUGAAGUUUUGGGAAA